CGUGAUCAUUGUUUACUAAAAAGGACAAUGUCUGAUAGUGGUAAUUCUCUGUCUUGGAGGUCUUUGUUGGACGAGAUACGCUCCCAAUGUAGAGAAGACGUCAUAGCUGAUGAUAUGAUCAAGCUCCUCAAUUCUUACACCUCCAAUGAAGAAAACUGGAGGGAUUAUGCCGUAUUUGACCCACAUAAGUACACUCGUAAUCUGGUUGAUACUGGAAAUGACAGAUAUAAUCUUAUUUUGAUAUGCUGGGGUGAAGGACAGGGAAGCUGUAUACAUGAUCAUUCUGGCUCUCAGUGUGUAAUGAAGAUAAUGAGUGGGAAACUUAGAGAGACUCUCUUUCAAAUGCCUAAGAGAGAGGGACAGUCUGAAAUGACAGUUAAAGAAUAUCGUGACUACGCUAAGGAUGAGGUUGCUCACAUUAAUGAUGAUAUUGGUCUCCAUCGUGUUGAAAACCCAAGCCAUGCUGACACUGCUGUCUCUCUCCAUCUUUACUUUCCUCCCAUUAAAGUUUGCCGAAGCUUUAACCAGCAGACUGGUGAAUCUCGUCAAUGCCAGCCAACAUUUUAUAGUCAAUUCGGUCAACAGAAAUCUCAAUAAGACUGUUACAUUUAUAAUGCAAGAAAUAACUCAUUAACUGCUAUUAAUAAUCACUAUUAAUAAUUAUGUAUUAUGUGCCAAAAUUUAUGUGAUUUUCAAAAUAGAAUUAAAAUUAAAA